CUUUGUUUACAUGCAAGAGUUGAGUGAUACCGCAGAUUUUUCUGGAUAAAACUUUGAUUUUUAUGACUUUCGUUAUAUUGUCAUUCUUAUUUAACUUAACAUUUUAACUCUAUUCUUUUUUAUUAUUUUCCUACACAAUCCAGAUAAAUUUAAAAUACUGACAGACAUUUUUAAUCAAUUCAAAAGCAACGAAGUCGAGAUUGUGAUGAAACCAGACUACUGGUCAAAUAGCAAAAAGUAACAUAACCACUUUCUGGCAACAUAUGUGGUUUCGUUUUGCUAUGAUUUGAAACUGUGGUAAUUUUAACUUCUAAAACUAAUGAAUUACAGAAAAUUUUACCUCAGAAUAAGAUAAAGCGGAUCUCCCGAUUUAAAAUUAAGUUUCAGGAGGUGUAUUUGUAUUAUAUGAAUAAUGGAUUUUAAGACUGCUAGGAGUUCCAGUCAAAAUGGUUCUGAAUCAUCUCGAAAAGCAUCUGUUGGGUGCAAAAAUAUUCUUUUAUCAUUAAUGACAGAAGUGAAUAUGAAUUCUAAGCUUCAGAAUGAAAUACUUCAUUUUGCAGACAACAAGAAACCUUUCCCUUAUAUUCCUAAAGAAGCAAUAAAAUCUAAAAGUGAAGAACAAAUACCACCGAAAAAUCUUCCGAAAUUACCGUCUAGACCUCUGCAGCGGAUGAAAUGGAAAAUUAUUGAAUCUGGCUUGUAUGAAAGAGAGCAGUAUAGACCUAACCCAUCGAAAACUAGGCCAUCAAAGGAAAAAGAAAGGUUUCAAAACUUGAUGGCUUUUGGAAAAGAAUUUGAAGAAGCAACUACAGCGUGUGAAAAAGACAAGGAUUUAAUUUUGAAAAUAAAUCCAUCAGAUCUUUUUGAUGAAAUUCUAAAUGAAAUCAAAGAAAGGAGAGAUUUUCUAGAGGAAAUGACUCAGUUAGGAUUGGGAAAGAAUUAUUUACCUGAGAUUCAAUGUCAGAUUUCAAUGCGAUUGAAGGAAUUGGAAAAAUUGGAUAAAGAAAGAGCUGACAAAGCAUAUCAAGAAUAUGGAAUGUGAAUUAUGCCAAGUGUAAAAUUUGUGAUAUAAUCUUGUGAGUGAAAUCUGAACAAUAUUUGUCUUAGAAUUUAAAGUUAUGCUAUGAUAAUACUUAACAAAACUGUGAUAUUUUAUAUUUUAUUUGU